CCGCGUCUCCCUCCCUCUACGACUUGUCCAAAGCCGAUUGGCUGAAACCGCCCACGUGAUGCCUACGCAGCGCCCAUCGGGAUCCGUAGUUCGUGGGCUGACGAGAGCGGAGAGUGGCCGCGGGGCUUGACGGGACUUGUUAGAAUCUGCGGUCGCCAGUUGCUGCCUACGUUGCUAGCCGCAGCGUCGCGGUUACCAAGGAGUGGGUGGGGAAGGCUGUGGCAAGCGCCACCGUGGAGCGACUCCGAGAUUCCCGUGAGGCUCGCAGGCGUGCUUCCCGCCUGUCAGGGACGUCGCCUCAGCGGGCGGUUCGGAGGCGGAAGCGACGCCGGAGGCAGGUAAAGAAGCAGGUAAAGAAACAAAAACAAAAGGAAAGCAAAGACUCGUUCCCGAGGUCAAAGAUCAAGGAGAUGGUGUCUUCAGGGAUGUACAAAAUGGACAAUGGCAAGCCUUACCUCAACAACUGCUUUCCAGCCAAAAGUCUCCUCCGGACACCGGAAGAAGGCCGAGGACACUGGUUAGUGGCUCGGAAAGGCAGCAUGAAGAAGGGUGUGGCUAAGGCGUCCACUGAAGGCCAGGAGAACCUGAAGAAGGUUUCUUUCGAGACUGGGUUGAAGAAAGUGUCUCGGCGGGAUAACCAGGCAGACAGUCGUGGACAUGGACAUGUCUUGGACCGAGCUUUUCUGGUGAAGCACCACUGUGUAAGAAAGCCAUCAGACCUUUGCACCGUGAACGUGAGCGGCAUGAAGUUCUCCAGGGCAAAGGAAAAGGACUUCAAACAUUUCACUUCUGUGAUUUAUAUCAACGCCUCUGAAAACCUGCUGCCUCUAGAUGCUUUUCACACAUUUCCAACCCUAAAGGAACUGGAGCUUGCAUUCAAUGGCAUCAAGACGGUCUAUGUGAAAUAUGGAGACUUCAAGACAUUGGAAUUCUUGGACCUUUCCUUCAACAGCCUGACUGAGGAGGCCAUCUGUGAUCUGGGGAUUCUGCCGCAUCUCCGUGUGCUUCUCCUCACAGGCAAUGGGCUCACCUCUCUGCCACCCAACAUGGCUGUUGCAGAACAGGAGGCAUCCAUGACAUCACUGACGAGCAAGAAGUACAUUCUGAGGUUCCCGGCCCUGGAGACCCUGAUGCUGGAUGACAACAAACUGUCCAAUCCCAGCUGCUUUGCCAGCCUGGCUGGGCUCAGGAGACUGAAGAAAUUGAGCCUGGACCAAAACAAGAUUUUCCGGAUCCCGUACCUACAACAGGUUCAGCUCGGUGAUGGAGCAUCAGGGGACUGGGUUACAGAGGGGCCGAAUGCGCAGAAAGAGCUACAGCCCCAGACGUGGAUAUUUGAGACCCCGGAUGAGCAGCCAAAUUAUACUGUACUGCCCAUGAAGAAGGACGUUGACCGCACAGAGGUUGUGUUCUCAUCUUACCCUGGAUUUUCAACCUCAGAGACAGCCAAGAUAUGUUCACUUCCUCCCAUAUUUGAGAUUCUUCCUGUGAAGUCACUGAAAGCAAGGAACCAGACGCUGGCCCCACCUUUCCCAGAGCUAAGAUACCUUAGCCUGGCCUACAACAAGAUCGCAAAGGAGGAUGCUGUCCUGCCAGCAGCUCUCUUCCCCUCUCUCUGUGAGCUUGUCUUCCACAACAACCCUCUGGUAGCGCAUACGCGAGGGAUCCCACCACUGCUAAAGAGCUUCCUCCAGGAGCGUCUGGGCAUCCGCUUAGUGCGGAGGAAACUGGUAAAAGCGAAACACCAUAUUCUGAUACCUCGGAAGGAAUCACGAAAGGUGAAAACCCACGUCCCCAAAGUGCCAAGGCAUUCUCUGGUCCCCCAUCACCUGAGCAUGACCACAGACAAGCCUCCUUCAAGUUUUAUGCAGGAGCCAGAACUGGGAGCUGAGGAACUUCCCUCCAUCGAAAACACCUCUCAUGAGGCACUGCUGGCUACUGAGGGCCCAGAAGGCCCUUCCCUAACUCACCGGACCUUUGUGCCAAUGCCUCCCAUCUGCUCCGACUCCACCGUACACAGUGAGGCCGUGUCCCAUCCAAGCCGUACAGCUGGCCUCUUGAGCCCAGACCACCCAUCAGAUGAUGAUGCCAAGAGUACGGAGUCCAUCUUCCUGACUCAGGUGAAUGAACUGCCAUCCUCCACCGUCCACAGGGAAAAGUUAGAGGCGAAGGAGAAUGCAAAAAAGAGACCACUAACUGCACCCAGAGAGGCAAAGAGGACCCGGCGGAAGCAGCCGUCUGCCCCUAUGUCCAACAAGUAUAAUGGCUAUGAGGAGCUGCUCACAGCCAAGCCUGAUCCUACCUUUGUGGAGCCGAAGGGCAUCCAGAAGAACGCGCAGGCCCUGCACCGCAUGCUGAAGCAGCCGCUUGUCUGCCGUUCCUCCAAGCCCAGGCUGGACACUUUCCAGAAACCCUACAUACCCAAAGAGAAGCGGGCUGCGAGGAUACCAAUACCACCCCUACGGAAGACCAAAGCGCAGCUGCUGGAUGACAUCCUCAUUCGCAUGCGGGACCCUCGGAACGUCACUGAAGCUCCACUGGGCGCGGUGCUGCAGCGGCGCGCAGAGCAGCGCCUGGUGAACCGGAAACAGUACCGAGAGGCCAAGCGGCUGCUAAAGGAGUUCCGCGCGCGCUACAGGCAGCUGGUGCGCAGCUCGCUGCGGACUGUGUUCACCGCCAGCCCGCCGCCCAGGCCGCCCACCCGUCGCGCACUGAGCGCAGGCCAGCCCAAGUUGGGCCGCUUCCUCGAGUUCAUGGACGAGUUCUGCCAGGAGCCCACGGCCAGCGACUCGAAAGAGUAGAGCUUCACACCGCCCUCCCCAGGGGCUCUUUGCCCUGGACUAUGCCCUGCCCUGAACAGAGAGGGCUUGGACUCCAUUUCGCUCCGUGGUCAGCAUGUGGAGCUCGGCAGGACCUCGCCUCCGAGCCCGGCCAAGCUACACCUGGUGGCUGGCCCAGCAGCAAUAAAGA